UGUUAAUCCAUCGUUGAACGUCCUCACUGGUAUAUGAAACUUCGGGGAUGUGGCCGCCGCCGUGCGCGUCUAUCGUAUUUUCGCAAUAGCUGCCGCGUCCCCCAACGUAAGCUCCGCGCACCAUACGCGAUGUCUUCAAACACUCCGCCCAAUACGCUUUCAGACGGGUUGCCAUCGUUAGUAUUGUCUAAGCGAUAUUUGGCGUACGCAAACCCGCCACAACUGUAUAAGUUGGAGCAUGAACAGCAACAGGAUCAACCAAACACCUUUGUUGACUGGCAGCCAGGCACUUGGAAACCGUCUUUACCGCGACAACAGUCAAAUACAGAGAUGACUUGUACACCUCCUCAGACUGUACGCGCUAGAUUUGAGCCUUCCGACGUGUUCACGCCAUUGGUAUUCGAGGCACAACAACCACAACAGCCGCCACCGUUGUGGAUACGGCCAACAGAAUAUCGAACGACUCGCGAAUGUCCGGCACAGAACAGAUUACAGACAAGACCGCAAACGAGCCGACGGUCUUCAACACAGUCAUCACCUGAUAGUUAUGAACAAUACCAGAAUAACAACCCAGGCGAUUUAAGUUGGUUAGUCAAUUUUCAGGUAUCGUCCAUUUUUGAACCAAACAAUUCACAAACGACUGCCGGUAGAAGCAACAUUCAUAACUGGCACGAUCAAGACACCCAAAAAUUUAAAAGGAGGGUCGCAAAGUCCGAGUCAAAAUACGUGUCGAAAACAAAUCGAAAGCCCUACCGGCUACCUCCGUCGAGAUUAGACAAAGCCAAUAAGCCGGGCUACACAUAUACAGAAAUGAUUCAUCAAGCUUUAUUGGAGAAAAAAGAACUUCCAGUAGCAGAAAUAUAUCAAUGGAUAUCGAGUCAUUUCCCAUAUUUUCGAGAAGAUGAUGAACGUUGGAAAAACUCAGUUCGGCAUAAUUUAUCUAUAAAUCCAAACUUCAGAAAAGGACGUAAGUCUCAAGGAGCUGGUCACUAUUGGAGGUUAUGUAACACUGAAGAAAGUUUAGGUCAGCGUGAAUAUCCUACAAUUCCCGAAGAAGAAGUAUCAGUAACUUCACCUCAAGGAUCAUCUGAAUUAGAACAAGCUUGUAAAUAUCUUGAGAGUGAAUUGCAAAGAGAAGACAGUUUAGAUAGUGAAAAGUUACAAGCAACCUUUGAUAAUGCAUUAGAUAAUGAUAUAUACACCAACUCAUUUUUGAUUUCAAGUCCACCAAAAUAUCAAAUCAGUGAUCAAAUGAACUUAUCGAAUAAUGAUUUUCAUUCAUAUGAUGGAAAUCUAUUGGAAGAAUCAAUAGAUUUUCAGUACUAUAAUUUAUGAUGGACCUGCUCAAAUAGUUCAUUUUCAUUUUUAAAAGUUCUUACUCAUUUUUUAUUAAGACUGAUAAGUGAAAAACUUUUUGUAAUUUUUUAUAUUCACUUGAAUUUUUUUCUUUUUGUAUACUGAAUUUAUGUGUUCUUUAUUUUUGUUACCAAUUAAUGAUUAUUAUACUGGUCCCACAUGUAACAUACUAGUCAAUUACUUGUUUUAAAAACUAAAUGUGCUUGAUUUUUGUUAAACACCAUUUAUAAAUAUUGUAGUUAUAUUAAUACAUAAUAAUUGUUUAUUUGAUAAGCAUUUUCUUUUUUAAAUACUUCUAUAAAGGUUUAUCAAGAAUAGUGUUUCAUAUUUUUAUAUAUUUUAAGAAAAAAACUUUUAUAAAAAAAAAUAUGUGAAUUAAAACAAUCUUUAUGUGUUUCUAUUUGAGUUAGUUUGUUAUGAAAGAUUAAUGUUAUAAAUAUAUUAGAACUUAUAAUUAUUAGCAAUGACCACGAUCUUCAACUCGUUGUCUUGGAGCUGCUUUAAUAAUACAGUCUACUCGUAGGAUCAUUUCAGCGGCUUCAGCUGCAGAAACUAAUACUUGUCGCUUCACUACAAAAGAUUCUGUAAUUCCAUUCUCACGCAUACAGCCCAAAGAACCUUUUUCCAUAUCUAAAACAUAUAAACAUGUAAGUACUUAAAGUAUAUACUUAGUAAAUAAUAUUUUUUGGACUAUUAAAAUUUAAAUAGCUUACCUAGUCCCAUUGAAGUUUUGUUUAAGGCAUGAGCUGCUCUCAACUCAUGUACAAGUUGAGCAGAAUCUAAACCGGCAUUAUCAGCAAUUGUUGUAGGCAAAGAUUGAAGAGCUCUAGCAAAAGCUUCCAUUGCUACAGCUUCUUUACCUGCAGUUUUUGCUGCUACAGCACUUACAGCAUUAGCCAUUAACAUUUCACUGCAACCUCCUCCAUACACAAUAGUAGGUUCACGUACUGUAGAUGCAAGUACACAUAAGGCAUCAUGUAAAGACCUAUCAGCUUCAUCAAUAAUUUGUUCAGUUGCUCCUCGAAUAACAAUAGUGCAAGCUUCACCAAGAGCUACACCAGAAAAACGCAAUAAUGUGCUUUCACCAAUCAUGGUUUCUUCAAUGAGUUUACAUGUUCCCAAUUUAGCAGUGGCAGGAGAAUCGAAUGUUGAUAAAAUUUCCCCACCAGUAACAAGAGCUAAACGUUCAAU